UUCUAGGAGGCGCUGUGGUUAUAAGCCGAAACUUGAAGUCUCGUCGGCUCAGCUGGAUCCCGGAAAUGUGCGCUGCGCCUUUAAGGACGUCUGACGCUACGUAGCUCACGCAUGCGCAGACCGUUGAAGCAACAGCCCCAAUGAAAAACAACAACAAUCAGCCCAGCAGUGCAGCGAUGGAGCCCUGAAACUCUGCUGGCCUCAGUACAAUAACAACAAUCUCAGCGCGUCUCUCUUCACCCGGAGCUUGAUCAGUCGAUGGUUCCGAGCCCAUGAACUUGGCUAGUCAAAGCGGGGAUGCCGGCGGAAGCCAGCUCCUCUUCGCCAACUUUAACCAGGACAACACGUCACUCGCGGUUGGCACCAAAUCCGGAUACAAGUUUUUCUCCUUGUCCUCUGUGGACAAACUGGAGCAGAUAUAUGAAUGUACGGACACCGAAGAUGUCUGUAUCGUGGAGCGUCUCUUCUCCAGCAGCCUGGUGGCCAUCGUCAGUCUGAAAGCUCCCCGCAAGCUCAAAGUCUGUCACUUCAAGAAGGGGACAGAAAUCUGCAACUACUCUUAUUCCAACACCAUUUUGGCGGUCAAACUCAACAGACAGCGGCUGAUCGUUUGUCUGGAGGAGUCGCUGUACAUCCACAACAUCCGAGACAUGAAGGUCCUGCACACCAUCCGAGAGACCCCGCCCAACCCCUGCGGCUUGUGUGCACUGUCCAUCAGCAAUGACAACUGUUACCUGGCCUAUCCCGGCAGCGCCACCAUCGGAGAAGUGCAAGUGUUCGACACAGUCAACCUGCGAGCUGCCAACAUGAUCCCAGCUCACGACAGUCCGUUAGCCGCGUUGGCAUUUGACGCCAGUGGAACCAAGUUGGCCACGGCCUCAGAGAAGGGAACAGUCAUCCGUGUCUUCUCCAUCCCAGAGGGACAGAAGCUUUUCGAGUUCCGGCGAGGCGUAAAACGGUGUGUCAGCAUCUGCUCGCUGGCCUUCAGCAUGGACGGUCUCUACCUGUCAGCCUCCAGCAACACGGAGACGGUGCACAUCUUCAAGCUGGAAACUCAGAAGGAGAAGUACGUACCGGCAGAGGAGCCCACCACCUGGGGGGGGUACCUGGGUAAGGUCCUGAUGGCGUCCACCACCUACCUGCCUUCUCAGGUCACGGAAAUGUUCACUCAAGGUCGCGCAUUCGCCACAGUGCGUUUGCCGUUCUGCGGCCACAAGAACAUCUGCGCUUUAGCUGUGAUCCAGAAGAUCCCACGGUUGCUGGUGGCUGCAGCCGACGGGUACCUCUACCUGUAUAACCUGGACCCUCAGGAGGGAGGAGAGUGCACGCUGAUGAAGCAGCACCGCCUGGACGGCAGUGCAGAGCCUCCCAAUGAGAUCUUGGAGCAGGGGGCGCACGAUCGCCCUCUAGUGGCGCAAACUUACAGCGUAGCUGUUUCAAAAGAGGAGUGCUUGACCUCUGACCUCUCGCCAUCCCAGGUUACAGCGAAGAUCAGGGCGCAGUGGGAGGAGCUGGACUUGAGGAAGACCUGAACGAUCUGCGCCUGGAGGAGGAGAACGAGCAGCCCCCGCUCAUCCUGGAGACGGACUGAGCGGAGGACGGCGCCGACCCUUCGGAGCGCUCCUCUUCCGUGUCUACAAGUAACACCGGAGGGGGAUGGGGGCAGCGUUUUUCAACGCUCCGUGCGUUCCUGAGCCUAUGGUUUGAUUUCUGUCUUCUCACUUGAGUUUUAUCUCCCCUCCGCCUCGUCUGACAGGCCGUUUCCCCCUCAGUUUGCUUGCGCAGGUUCAACCCAAGCUUUGCAUGUCCAUGUGCCAACUGCUGAACCCAUGUGACGUCUGUGAGUGUGUGUCAGACAUGUGAUCAAACACCUAACUGUAGCCUCUCUCUGUGAAGCGUGCACACACACACACACACACACAGAUGUAUAAAGUAUUGUAAGUGCCUCUGCCCCACUCUCACUAUGUUGAGGCUUCUGGCUCAUUUAGUUUAAUAAACUCUCUUAUUAGUUUUAAUGGAGUGUGUGUUGUUUCUUAUGCCUCUGGCACCCAGGCACACACUCAGCUGCAGCUCACACGUCCGAUUCCCCGGUGUGUUUCACACCUCUCUGCUUACUUCCUCCCCUCAAGCCGAGGCUCAGUGGACGCCCCCUGACCCCCUCCAACACUCAUUGGUUGAUUUGAAAAUGAUUAUUGGCAUAAAAAAUAGAGUCAUCACCAGUGAGGUGUCAUGCGUGUUGACACGUGCAUGGUGUUGUUGACGUGGUCCUGUGUCCGUAUAUCCACAACAUAUAGAGCGUGGUGACGGUCUCCAGUCCAGCAGCAGAUCAGGUCUGCUCUUCCUCCUCCUUCUCCUCUUCAUCAGUCUGCCUCUGUCUGUGGCCAGGCACCGUCCCGUCUGGUCACCAGCCAGACGCGUGAAACUGUGGUCCGUCCUGAGCUCAGGUCCGGGGCGCCUGACGCCACUGGACCGGGACAGGACUUUUUGAUUGUCAUUUUCUAAUGAUUUUGUACAAAUAUGUGAAGCAUUCAUCUGAAAGCCAAUUGAAAAUAAAUGACAUG